AUGAACAACGACGAGGUCGCUAUUGUUAACAAGGUUGACUCUGUCGAGCAGGAUUGCAAGAACGACUCUGUGAUUUCCUCCACCAGCAUGGAAUCCAUCACCAUAGACAAGUUGUCUCUCCUUACUCUACCGGCGGAGGUUCGCAACAGCAUCUUCUCCAUGGUCAUCGAUGACAUCCACAGAAUCGAACAUCAUUGUCAGCGUCCAGUUGGCGAGUACAGUCUGUCCCAGCAGCCCGCGCUCGCCAGGGCCAACCGGCAGCUCCGCCACGAGGUCCUCCCCAUGUUCAUUUACAAGAAGAAGAGCUUCGGCAUCCGCAUCCACCCCAAGACGCACGGCGAGGCUGAAGAAGUCUGGAACAAGUUCCUCAAUCACUUCGGCGCCCUCACCACCGGCAUCAACGGCAUCUCUCACCUCUCGCUCGUCGAGAACCUCGAAGUGGAGCUUUGGCACCCCGCGUUCCAUGUUCCAAGUCGCCCUUGGACCGAACCACUGACACGGACCCAACACAAGCUCCAAGAGCACAACGAGCAGUUCUCACUCGCCCUGUCCAACGGCGUCUACCUCCAGUUUGGAUCUCGUCCUGGGCGGCUCACACAACUACUUGGCGGCGAUAGCACCGACUGGACCGAUCGAGAUGUGGUCACUGCCUUGCUCAAGGCUGCCAUCGUGCAGAAUCGUACCAGCGAUCGCCAAUUUACUAUCCUUGGCAGACUUGAGCGAUUCUGGGCGACCUACCCGUUUGAACGGUUGGUGGAUCUGGUGAUGAUGAUUGCCGCGGAGCUCAAGGAGACGUCCCGCGUCGUCCGCAUCGGAACCUCUUUCUCCAUACUGAAAGACUGA